AUGUAUCUAUGCGGCGGCUCUUCUGAUUCAGGAAGCCAGGGAUCAUGGGUGAUAUUCUCGUGCCACCCUCAUGGAGUGACUCCUCCUCACACUAAGGAGCUUGAGGAGCCUGACUACCUGUGCAACCUGAUUGGGCUGCAGCUUCCAUCAAGUCGGUUCCGGUUCGUGUCGUGGCAUCGCCUGGAGCAGUGUGAUGUCACAGGCGACCAGCUGACCUGCCCCAGGGUCAGAGAAGGACCAUCAGAGGAGGAGCUGUUUCAAAGAGAGGGGGAUGACGUCCCUGUGGAGAGAUGGACAAGGAGGAGGAGGAGAGAGGAUGAAGGACAGAGAUGGGAGGAAAGGCUGCAGGAAAACUGGGAAAACUGUCUGGAGUUGAAUCUGUCAUAUCAGAACCUGGGCGAUCCCUUCCAGAGAGAGAAUUUCCUGCGGAUCCUGCGGAGGUUGAUCCGCGUGGAGAAACUGCAGCUGGUGGACAACUCCCUCACCAACCUGAGUUCUGUACGUCUGCCAAGGUGCAAAAUGUUGAACCUGCACCGUAACCACCUGGUGUGCCUGCGUCAGCUGCCAAAGCUCCCAGCAGUGGAGCAACUUUGCUUGUCUGACAACGCCAUUGGCUCCCUGGUGGGACUGGGAGCUCUGGAGAACAGCCCUCUGAGCUCCCUGACCCUGACCCACAACCCAGUGACCUUCACUCAGGACUACCGUGCACGAGUUUUCUCCUGUUUGCCAAAGCUUGAAGUCUUGGAUGGAAUCCCCAAGUUGCCAGAAGACUCUCUGCCCACCAGACUACAUUUCCCAGAACCCACCAGAAUGUGCAACAUUUUGUGACAUUCUUCUAUGGAUGGAUUCUGACUCAGAUCUUACAAGCCCAGUUUACAAAGCGAUGGCAAGGCUUCAGUAUUUCACACGUUGAGGUUUGAAUGAUCUACGGAGGAAGACAACUGGUAUCCAGUUAUUUACAACUGUCGUCCACAGUCACUUUUGAUGGCCACAGUAAAAAGACAC